AUGUGCAUCGCAAGCUACAUUCUUGUCUUUGAUUCGACAACCUUGAGUUUCUCUAGAAUUCAGUACCCUCGAGGUAUGGGGUUUCCAAAGAUGAUCAUGUUGUCACAAGCUCAUGAUGAUUUUGGUGUAUAUCUCAUCUGUGCCGAAGAGCUUCAACUUGCCAUCUGGCUCUACAAGGGAGACAGUUGGCUGCUGGUGGACACCAUUUGUUUGCAUGAGAUGUAUGAUGAUUCGAGGAUAUCACAUCACAAGCUUGUGGUGCGGCAUAAGAUACGUCAUGUGGGGGUCAACGCUGAGUUUGUCCUCUUGGAGUUGGACUGGUUUGUACUCUACUUGGAUAUUAAGUGCAGGACGUUUCAUAAAGCAUAUGAGAUGACGAUAGCCGAUCGUCAUCUUGGUUAUUAUAUUCACCCUUUUAUGAUGAUAUGGCCGCCCACAUUCCCCGUGCUCAAGUGUGAUCCUGGGAGCCACGCCGCAUGA